CAUUCAUUUCAUCUUCCUCUCCGUCUCUCCCUCCAGGACCUGCUCUCUCCCCCCCAAGUUCCCAACAAGGCAGCGAACGCAGAAAAGGGAGGAGUUCUCGGGUCCGAUGGGUUCCGGCGGCAGCCGUCUCGGCGCGCGUCCUCAUCGGCCCGCUCGCAGCCGCACCGUCAAACGAGCCCUUUCCUCCCUUUUCAUCUGCGGUGCUUCUUCUUCCCAGUUACCCCUUGAUCAUCAGAUAGGUGAUCAUUCAGCUAAGUUACUGGUUAGUUCUGGAAAACAGAUUAGGACGAACACAGUUACAACCCCUAGGAAGGAUACCAUUGCUGGGUUAACUUGCUCUAAGAUUGAAAUUGGAGUUUCAUCUAGUGGCACUGUGGUUGAAGAUGGUCAGAGUAACGUACCUGAAGAUAUUCCAAGCAAUUCUAAUGGCAGUUAUGCAGGGAAAAGUUUUAUUGAGAAUGACUAUGAGAAUAAGGACGUAGUAGCUCCCAGUAGAAUUGGUGGUCAUAGUUGUCAUUCUACACAAGACGACCAACCUUUUCCAACCUCUCCAUGUAGAACGGAAAGUAUGGAUGACUCUGAAAUAGAUAGUACAAUGGACGACGAAGGGUCGCCCGUUUUUGCUGUGUCUACCCAAUUUACCAGUCCAUCCCCUGGAAUUUUAGAUUCUCCAUCAACUGAAGAUUUACUUGGAGAUCAUGCAGAUGAACUUACCAUGUUUAGUGAUUGUGAUUCUGCCACUGUAUCUGUCAUAAUGGAUUCUCCAGUUACCUCUAAUUCUUCCAGAGAUGACCUUUUUCUGCAGACAGCUCCGUCGUGUCCAGAGUUGCUGGUAUCAGAGAGGGAACGGCACUGGAGGCAUCGAAGUAUGCUUCAUGUUGAUUCUGAGAACCUUUCUUCAAGCAGUUCUAUUGAGAGAAGAGUUCAUGAAUCAAGGCUCAACGAUAGAAGACUAUUUUGGGAUGCAUUUUCCAGGAGGAGCCCAGGCAGUUUUGCUGAUUCAAGGAACUAUGUAUUUUCAAAUGAUGAUUUAGAUGAUCUAGGGUCUCAAGAGAUCUGGCCUCGUGACCUUGGUGGGGGCUCUUUUAGUAAUAGGGUUGGAGUGAAUUACAGGUCUCACCAGAGUCAAACUCAAUCUCGUGGUUACAACGAUGAACAUCAUUUAAGAUCAGAGAUUCUAGAAAGACUCGGUGAAACUAUUGCUAGUGAUCACACAACCUCGAAUUGUCCAGCAGGUAUUCACCUUAAUGGCACAUGUAUGUGUGAGUCAAUCUUGAUGGCUAAUGAGUCGGGAUCCAGAGCAAGUAUUUCACGUAUCGUCAUGCUUGCUGAAGCAUUAUUUGAGGUACUGGAUGAAAUACAUCAGCAACCGAUGACCCUCCCUUUAUCUAUGCCUUCACUUCCAGCACCGGAAUCAACUGUUGAUUCUUUGCCCAUAAAGAAUCAUAUAAAGAAGGAUGGACCUUCUGAUGGAAAUGAUGUAACGAACUGCUACAUAUGUUUGGCCGAGUACGAGGAAGGAGAUAAGAUACGAGUGCUACCAUGUCACCACGAGUUUCACAUGUUGUGCGUUGAUAAAUGGCUAAAAGAGAUCCACGGCGUGUGCCCACUUUGUCGUGGAGAUGUUCAACAAGGUUUUGUGUAAGAUGUUGCUGUAAUAAACUCAGAUAUCUUUUCCCUCUAAGCUUUAAUGCUUAUCGGGCACGGAAGCAUAUGGAAAUUAUGGUUCCAUUUAGGUGGUAUUGUCACCAUAGUGAGCGAAAUAUAUCUUUGCCUCUUCUUGUCAUGAGGACACAAGAUGAUGUAAUUUUUGGAUUAAAAUCAAAGUUUUGUGCUUGUCAAAAAAAAAAAAACCUUGUACAUAACAAAUGUAUGUAGGUCGGUUGCAGAUAUGAGAUCUCUUAGCUAGAGUUAGAAGAAGACACACACUAUUAGCCUCAAUAGAGAGAGCAUGUGCACCUUCUCUUUUAUAUCUGGUAUCAUUGUAAAAAUGAUCUUGUAACAAAAACAUGAGUAAUAG